GGUGGGACUAAAGUUGGUUUAAUCUGCUCUUGCUCCGCAGGUGGCAAUAUGGCGGCGUCUUCGUCUCGGCGUCUGCAGACCAAGCCGGUCAUCACCUGCCUCAAAACCUUCCUCAUCGUCUUCAGUUUUAUCUUUUGGAUUGCAGGUGGAGUGCUUUUGGCAGUGGGUGUAUGGGGCAAAGUGAGUCUAGAAGAAUAUCUCUCUCUCUUGGCUGAGAAAAGCACAAAUGCUCCUUAUGUACUCAUUGGAACUGGUGCAGCCAUUGUCAUAUUUGGUUUCUUUGGCUGCUUUGCAACAUGCCGAGGAAGUACGUGGAUGUUAAAACUGUAUGCUAUGAUCCUGUCGCUACUCUUCCUGGCACAGCUUGUGGCUGGAAUUUCUGGGUUUGUCUUUCGACAUGAGAUCAAGUCCACUUUAAAGGACUCCUUUCAAGAUGCUGUGCAGAAAUACAAUGUAACAGGUUCACUUGUGGAUUAUGCUCAGCAAAAUCUGCACUGCUGUGGUGCUCAAAACUACACAGAUUGGAAUGACACUGCUUACUUCAAAAUAAGUGGAAUCCCAGCUAGCUGCUGUAGAAAUAGCUCUGACUGCAAGCCUGGCGAUCUGAAAAACAUGACUACAGCCAAAGACAGAGUUUUCAAACAGGGGUGUGGUGUACUGGUCAUUGACUUCAUGGAGAAAAACAUAGGCAUCAUUGCUGGGAUUGCUUUUGGAAUUGGCUUUUUCCAGUUGAUUGGCAUCUUGCUGGCUUGUUGUCUGUCCAGAUACAUCACAAACAACCAAUAUGAAAUGGUUUAACAGACCUAACCAGGAUGCCUGUAUCAACUUGAACCUCAGUGCAGUUAAAAGGAAACAAGCCAGUGGAGUUACACCAAGCAAAACAUUACAAAUAUUUUGCAUUAUGGUGUGAUGGACUACAGUAACUUGUUAAAAUUUUUCACACUUUUUUAAAGUAUAGAUUUGCAAGGCUGUACUGGUUAGUAAGAAAUGUAGACUUCCAUUUAAUCAAAGCCCUAAAUUGUAGUUGUGCUCAGUGCCAUAAGUUUACUGUCUUGAAUAUUCUUCAGCAUUUAAGAUUUUCUCACUUUGGAUUUAUGAUCACUGUUAGCAAAAUUCUCAAUUUUUUUUACUUUUUUACAACCUCCUUAUGGAAGGAACAGAACACUAAAGCCUAUUUUUCUACAAUAUAGUGGGUUUGAACUAUUUUAUAGACACUAAUGCAACUUCUAAAGCAGAGCAAUAUUUUUAUCUUGAUGUCUUUAUUCUCCCAGUGCAGAAAGUAUGGUUAACUUAAAUUGGGAUGAUUUCAAACAUUUGCAAACAGUGCCUCUAAAAUGCAUUAAUGCCAUAAAUUGAGUAGAUGUAUCUUGUGCACAUAGGUGACAAUGAUGCAAAUCUAUUAUGGCCAUUGUUUUGAUUCCCAUAUUUAAAUUUCAUCACUUUAGUGUUCUAAGUGCACUUUUAAAGCUAAACAGUCCAUAAGAUUAUAAUCAUGACCAAGUGAGUGGACUGCAUAAUGUAGCACUUGAGUAAAUGAGUUCUGGCAUUGAAUAGAAAAACCUGAACCAUGCUGAAAGUUGUAUUAACCUUUGUCAGUGCAACCUUGGUAAACACUUAAGGUGAUGAGCAUAGACCUAAAGAUGAGUACUAGCUUUCUCUACACAAUGUAGUGUAGAUUUUCUAUUUGUCUCCUUGUACUACCUUUCAACACCUGUUGGCACUAGACAGUGUAGAGGUGUAAACCUCAGUGUAAUGAAACAUGUAAUAGCUUUCAGUACCUUCCUGUGUAAACUACCUGAUUUUAAAAAAUAAAUUGGAAGCUAGCCACUGAUCUCUUCA